CGCCGACGAAUUUCUUCGCGGCGAGCAUCUUUACCGUGCAAAGACUGUUAAGGAGCCGCUUCAAAUUGGCAAGAUACUUUACAUCACGAUUACUUUAACGCAAAAUAUUUUUAUAUUAAAAUAGAAUUGUUGUGAAAUUUUAUUUUGAUAUUUUACGAGUUACUAAUAUUAGCAAAUAUAUGAUUAAUCUCUGUACAAAAUUGAAUAACGCAGUGAAAAUGUAGAUAGACAAGAUUUUUUUAUGAAAAGUGGCAGUAAUGCUUUUGUGUAUAAGUUUCUAUAAUGUUCUACCGCCCUGUUUUUUGAUUUUUAUUUUAAAUUAUUUUUUAUCACUGUUUCUUUAUCCUCUUUUGUCAAUAUAUGCCUCAUAUUACCACAGGAUUUCACCUGAGUGCCAGUGUAAAUCCGCAAACAAAUGGGGUCAGAGCACAAUUCAAUGUUGCUGUGACCUUUGAUCGGCGAAGAAUUACAUCAUGUAAUUGCACCUGCUCCUCAACGGCCUAUUGGUGCGCACAUGUGGUAGCUGUUUGCCUGCAUAGAAUACAUAUGCCAACUCAAGUAUGUCUAAGAGCGCCAGUUAGCGAAUCCUUGUCGCGAUUGCAUCGAGAACAAUUGCAGAAGUUCGCUCAAUAUCUCAUUAGUGAGUUACCUCAGCAAAUUCUGCCUACUGCCCAGCGACUCCUGGAUGAGCUACUUUCGACCCAACCAAGCGCUAUUAACAGUUAUUGCGGAGCUCCAGAUCCAACUGCCGGAGCAUCCGCUUAUGAUCAAACCUCUUGGUACUUAGACGAAAAAACGUUACACGAUAACAUCAAGAAAAUCCUUAUUAAGUUCUGUGUGCCAGCUCCUAUAGUCUUCAGCGAUGUUAAUUACUUGAGUACUACUGCACCUCCAGCCGCGUCCGAAUGGGCGUCCUUGCUGCGACCAUUGAGAGGGCGUGAACCAGAGGGCAUGUGGAAUUUACUUUCUAUUGUACGCGAAAUGUUCAAGAGGAAUGACCGCAAUGCUAUACCUUUAUUAGAGAUUAUCACGGAAGAGUGUAUGGCUUGCGAACAGAUCCUCGUUUGGUGGUUUAAUACCAAAGUCGCAUUACUGAACGGCACAGGAUAUGGCAGCAAGCAUAACAUGAACAGCAACGUGCACGCUUCUCAACACGCCUGUUCGUCUCUGUGCGACGAGAUCGUCGUUCUCUGGCGAUUGGCCGCUCUAAAUCCCGGUUUAUCGCCAUCAGAGCGCGAGAUGUUGCACGAUCAGUUUAUGGCUUGGCAUUUGAAGAUUAUAGAUAAAGUUGCCAAGUGUCGUGGUAGUUCUGUGCCACACAAUUCGCACAAUAGAAGUAAUAGUUCACAAAAGGAUUCUCUGAAACAUGAUCUCACAGUCUUUACCGGAUUCAAAUCGGCGCUUGAGGCAUGCUAUCUUGAUUGGGAUGAAUAUAUUUUACCGGGAAUUACGUAUACUGCUGAAAACAAUCCUAUGUAUCACUGUCCCUUCACGUGUUUUCGGCAUGCCGGCGAUACGAGAACAGAGGUUAAUCAAGUAAAUUCCAGUUCGGCAGUAUUAAAUUAUCAACCGCCAAUUUCACAUCAUCAUGGUCGACGGCCAUUGAAUGUCGGUCUUGAGUUUAGCUAUUUAGACAGACGACGAUUGAAUCCGCGUGAAUUCCCAAUGUGUUCAAGAAGCGGAGGUGACGGAAAUCGUAGCAGUGUUAGCUCUGAAGGUUUCUGUGAAAAUGACACCGACAUUCCUGAUAUAUCUGAGUCUCAGGUUGUUCUCAGACAAGGUUGUGCUCAAAUAAAUAAUUGCGGCGAUACUGAUUCGCAGGAAGGGGCUGGUAGCGAGUCAUCUUCCAACAGUAAUGUUAGUAUGAAGAACGCUCAAGGCUCGGACAAGCAUCGCUCAAACGCCUCGUCCGAGACACAUAGUGAUAGUAGUGAUAGUAGUAAUAACAAACCUGCCUGCGAGAACGCGAAGUGCAGUAGGACGAAUCUUACCGAGUGUCGUGAUAAAUCGCGAACGGUUAUGCCUAAAGGGGUUAAAAAUGAACAAGAAUCCGAUCAGGAGAAAGAAGCUGGGAGGCCAUUCAAGGAUGAAAGCUCCUCGUCUAGUAGUGAUAGUCCUUCUGGUGAUGAAUAUAAUGUUUACUAUUACGAUCCAAAAACUGUGACCAAUAAUAGUGGCCUGUCGAGUAAAUAUGCAAAAAGCAAUAUGCAUACCGCUACCACUCCGGAUGCCAGUAUAGUUUUAAAUAAUUUAAAGAAAACGGAAGACCCAUGGGACAUUUUGUUUGCACGGGCAGAAGGACUUUAUGCUCAUGGUCAUACGAGAGAAGCUUGUAUCAUUGGAGUACAGCUAGCCGAAGAACUAUUGGCCAAUCCUCCUGAUCUUAUGAUCGAGGGACCGCCAGUGCCAGUAAAGAACAAACGAAAAAGGCAACAUGUAAAUCCAGCGUCGCAUCAAGUAACGUGUCUUGCAUCAGCAACUUUAGCAAAAUGCGGAUUUCUAUGUACUGUGCUUGCUGAGAAUCCAGAGUAUCACAAUCUGGCAUUUCGUGUGGGCCUUUUUGGUUUGGAGAUGGCUAGACCACCAGCUAACACAAAACCUUUAGAAGUCAAAUUAGCUCAUCAAGAAAGCGAGUUGGUGGUUUUAUUGAAACGAAUUCCUUUGGGACCGACAGAAUUAGCCAUGAUAAAACAGAGAGCUGAACAAUUACGAGAUGGAGUUAUGAGAUCAAGAGGACAUGCCCUCUUACCAAUAAUGUUGGCUAGUUUCAUAUAUGAUGCUCUUGAUGUACCAAGAGUGAAACUACCUUCGGAAAUUGAUCCAAAUCUUGGAUUUGACGCCGCCGUGGCUGUCUUAGGCUUAAAAGCAAAUGUGAGUGAAGCAGAUCAUCCACUUCUUUGUGAGGGUACUCGCAGACAAAGGGGAGAUUUGGCCAUUACUCUGCUAGUACAUUACAAAGAUGAUCCUGUAAAAUUGGCCAGAAUAAUGGAUAAAUUGUUGGAUCGAGAUGUUCAUCAACUUAUUAAAUCACCCAUUCUCAGCAGUUAUUAUACCUCAAAUCCUCCUACAAAGAGUGAGAUGGCACGAUUCGUUCAUGAUGAAGAACGCUCGUCUCCUCUCGCUGGGGCCGAUAAUGGCGGUGAAAACGUUAUUGGCGCUAAUAGUAGACCUCAUAGCAGUACGAGUGCAGAACUGGAAACUGGUAUGAGCGCAUUAACUAUACAACCGCAAAUCGUGCAGCCACCUGUGCCUAUUAGAACUAAAGAAACACGAUAUAAAAGCAAAAGGCUAUAUCCAUCUAUUCCCAAUCAACCAUCAGAAGCAAGCGCGCAUUUCAUGUGUGAAUUAGCAAAGACUGUCUUAUCGAAGGCCGGUGGUACAAGUUCAACUUCGUUGUUCACUCAACCAUCUACUAGUCAAAAUCAUCACGGCCCCCAUAGAGCACUUCAUAUGUGUGCUUUCCAACUUGGCUUGUACGCUCUUGGUCUUCACAAUUGUGUUAGCCCAAAUUGGCUCAGUCGUACAUAUUCAAGUCAUGUGUCUUGGAUAACUGGUCAAGCAAUGGAAAUUGGAGCUCCGGCUAUUUGGUUUCUUAUUGACAGCUGGGAAGGACAUUUGACGCCACCGGAAGCUGUCAGUAUAGCUGAUAAAUCUUCGAGAGGUAGUGAUCCAAAUAUGGUCAGAGCUGCAGCGGAACUUGCUUUAUCUUGUCUACCACAUGCACAUGCUCUUAAUCCUAAUGAAAUCCAGAGGGCUAUAUCUCAGUGUAAAGAGCAAAGCGAGGCCAUGUUGGAAAAAGCUUGUAUCACAGUGGAGAAUACUGCAAAAGGAGGCGGUGUCUAUCCAGAGGUCCUUUUCCAAGUGGCAAAAUAUUGGUACGAGUUAUAUCUUCGGCAAACUCCUGGUGGAGACCAGCAGGAUGAGAUUCCUCACGAUCCUUUACAAUUAGAUCUUAAUGGUGUAUUAUUAGUCGAUCCAGGACCUUCUGUGGAUCUAUCAAAUACUCAAAUGAUGCCUGGACCAGCACAGACAGUUGUUGUUACCAGCACGCAGCCACCUCCUCAGCACUACACCCAUCCAACAAUUACAACUUUGGCACCUUUAGGCGUUGGUAUGCCGUAUGCUGUGGGUCCAUAUAGUUUUGUACAUCCUCAUCAUUCUAUUGCAACGUUUAGCGGUCCGAUGCCUUCACACAGAGUUACUUUACCACCCGCACCACAUAUGCAAAUGUAUCAUCCGUUUCCACAUCAUCCCGGACAUCCACAACAUCCACAUCAUCCACCUCCAGCGGCUCCACCUCCGCCUGGACCAUAUUAUACACCACAACCUCCACCAACGCCGGGAACGCGUCACUUAUAUACAAUGCAACAACCUAUACCAGUCCAAGGAGUAGCAGGUCCUCUUCCUGGACAAAACAGUUUACCUGGGCCCGCGCUAGUUCAGACGCAAUCUAUAAUAUCGACUGUAAGAGCUCAACCUCAGGUUCAUCGACAGAGCCAGGCGUUUAAUCAACAGCAAUUACGAACUCUUGUUUCUGCAUAUCGUGUGGGUAUGCUAGCGUUAGAAACUUUAGCUCGUAGAGUGCAUGAUGAUCGGCCUCAAGCCAAAUAUGCUCGAAAUCCACCUUAUGGAGAGGAUGUUAAGUUCUUACUUCGAGUUGCAAAAAGACUUGGUACACAAUAUAUGCAUCAAUUGUGUAUCUGUGCUGUGAAUAGCAUUGUGAGUCCUUUUGUCCUUCACCAUGUUGCUCUGGAAGCAGCUCAAUAUCUUGCUAGAAACAAUCCAGCACUCAUCGUACAGCAUUUAAGAUCCGCUUUGUUGGCUCCACUGGUACACAAGUGCCAACAGAUGUACAUUCAGUGUAUGCAUCAAAAAUUAUAUCAUUUAACAGCUGGCGAUUAUGAAGAGUUUGCAAGUAUUGUUUGUGCAGCAAGAGCUGCUUUUCAAAUCAAUCCUGAAGGAAAUACUCAAUUCAAAGAGUGGUUACAAUCGAUCAAGAGAUCUCAGUCUUGUAAUAAAGAUUUAUGGGCGCAAAUUAACGCGGCGUUACAGCAAACCGGCAAAUGACACAGGACGGAGCCAGGCGUGACGUGGCUCACUUCCCUUCCUCCUCACCCUCAAGCAUCCUUGCCGCCUCCUCCAUCAACAACAACUCUUGUAUUACAGCAUCAACAUCCCUGUCAUCCCCAUCCACAGAGCGUCGUAUGCGUUCACGGGCUGGCUACAGUCAAUAAGCUUGCUUGGGACAAGAUCUCCAUACCAUGCAUCAUCGAGGAACCGACGGCACAUCAACUGCCGCCACCUCCUCAACACCAGAGAGCCGGGCUACCGGGACCAUCUGCAUGGCAAGAACCUACCGACAACCGUGGUUCUCAAGGGAUCAAUAACAGAGACGAGCGAGAUUUAUCUCAAGUUUAGUUAAUGUAUCUAAAAACGUGAGUAGGUUAAUGAUGAGAUGAUCAAUUGAAGGGGACAUAUGAGUUAAAUUAGAUUUAAUAUGAGUAAGUGAAAACAGUUUAGUAUAUAAGCUUGCGCGUUAAGUUUUACAUGUAUGCAUUACUGCUCGCAUGAUAAGAUUUGCAUAGAAGUGAUAAAACAUUCAAUGCGCUGUUUUAUGUAAGAAUCUUCUGCAUAAAGUGAUAUGUGUAUAUUAUUAUAAUAACGCGCGGCCAUGAAUCAAAAUUCAUGUUCUGACUUUGAGUCAUAUCGGACGUGCGAGCGAGUCAUAGAGUCAAAACAUUUUUUAAAUUGAAUUAUCUCUGGAGUAUAUAAGCUUAAUCUAUCUAGAAAUUUCACUUUUUCUUUUUUCUUAUGGAUAAAUGCAGUAUAUGAUUAUCAUCAUUUUUUUCGUAACUUACGCAUUUUAUAGUUUGAGGACAUAAUAGUUAAAUCUGAAAAAAA